CUUAUGCGUUCUGUUGUGUUCUAGAAUAUAUUUUCUGGUAAGGAUCCUAUUACAUCAGAGUCAUGGCGAGUUUUAUGAAACUUGUCGUCAGCAAUUACAAUGAAAUUCUGGAGUCCACAAAAGAUCCAAUGGUGGAUGAGUGGCCACUUAUGAGCUCUCCCGGACCUGUUCUACUCAUUCUCGGUUUCUACCUCUUAUUUGUCCUAAAAAUUGGACCGAAAAUGAUGGAGUCGAGACCGCCAUUCCAACUAACCAAUGUACUCAUUAUGUAUAACGGAAUCCAAGUUUUAUUUAGCAUUUGGCUUGCAUCAUUGGCAGUUAAAGCAGAUUUCUUGAAUUUGAUAUUCACGAAAGUAUGUUCUUCUAGUGCAAUAAGUGAUAAAAAUCAUCAGACAAUGUUGACUACAGCCGCCUGGUGGUAUUUCUUUUCAAAAAUAAUAGAAUUGUUGGAUACGGUCUUUUUUGUCCUAAGGAAGAAACAAAAUCAGGUGACAUUUCUUCACGUCUACCAUCACACGAUAACAGCAUUCUUUUCGUGGUGUUAUUUAAAACUUCUUCCUGGCGAGCAAGGACUUCUCAUUGGUUUUCUCAAUGCCUCUGUCCAUAUUGUCAUGUACAGUUAUUACUUGAUCGCUGCUCUGGGUCCGCAAUACAGAAAGUACCUGUGGUGGAAGAAAUACAUGACUUGGAUCCAACUGGUUCAAUUUUGUCUGAUGCUGGUCUACCUCAUGUGGAUUCUCGCGAUGGAUUGCCCACUGCCAAAGGCUCUCACCUACUUCUUUGUGACAAAUGUCAUCAUUUUCCUCUAUCUUUUCAGUGAUUUCUAUCGAAAAGCGUACAAGAAGGAGAAAAUUAUGAAAAAGCAGACAUGAGUAACAGCAAUAAAAUCCAAUGAACUGUGAGAUAAAAGAAACAUGUGUUGAUAUUCUGUUGUGGGCUGAAAUUUCAGAGAUUAGUUCAUCGUUAAGAACAUAUUGAAGAUGAACCAUUCCUAGUUCAAAGUUAAAGAAACAAAAGUGAUGCAUGUCAGUGGUGUAGUUUUCAGACAAUGUUGAUUAUUAUGAAAAAUAUUUGGUUACUGGACACAGGGAAUUCAUAUAUUCCUUUUAUGGAGAUUCCAAAUGAAAACCCACCAGCAAAAGACAUACACAUUGUUUGUUAUUUAUUAUUACUAUACGUGUUACCAAAUAUAUUUGCUCACAUGUUUGCAUUAAAUGGAUGAAUGCGUAAAAUUAAACGAUAUAAGGAAGAACUUUUUAUAUUUUAUUAAAGGAUAUAAUUAAGGUCA